GGGCUUAAAAUCGAGGGCUCCGGCGGGUUCUCACCCCUGACUUGUAGUCCCCGGGGAGCAGAGGAGAAGGUCGCCACCACCAUGGAGCCCAAGGUGAUCUGUGUCCUGCUCCUGGUCUUCUCGCUGGCCCUCAGCGCCCAGGCUCAGGGCCAGGCCGAGACAUGCGCAGUGGCCCCGAAACAAAGAGCAAAUUGCGGCUACCCUGGCGUCACGCCUUCCCAGUGUGCAGAGAAGGGCUGCUGUUUCGACGACACCGUCCCGGGUUACCCGUGGUGCUUCUACCCCGGGAAGAUCGAGGAUGCUUCAGAAGGUACGUCCCUGAUGACGCCGCUGCGGGGGCGGAUGGCGUAG